AUGUUGGAAUAUAAUCGUUUUAAGAAUAAUAGUGUGGUAUUAAUAAAUUAUAAAUUAUUAUUAGUUGCAAUUAUCGCAUUUUUAGCUUUAAUGUCAUCAAAUCAAAUUUGUAUGGCAGAUAUUGAAAGUGAUCACAAAGCUUGUAUCAAACAAUGUUUGAAAAAUCAUGGUUGUUCAGAUGAUAAUGGAAAACAAAGAGAUAAAAGUGAAUGUGUUAAAUAUACUUUCAAAUGCCCAAAAGAAUGUUUAAUUAAAGAUUAA